GCCUGUCACUCCUAUUGUCCUUCCAAACUCUUUCAGACAUUUUGAGCAGGGAGUAUUAAAGCUAUGAGUUAGCAAGGGUUGUGACAUUAAUGGUCCAAAAGGCUUUAGGCACGAGCGGUAAUGAUGAUUACCCGUGCCUAUUUGGAAGACUGCACUGGAUCGCUGUCAUUAAAAAUUAAGCGUGGUUUUUGAGGAAGAUGUGACAACUACCGGAGGUCCAUAUCAGAUGCUCUUUCUGACAGUUUCCCGGUACCUUCCUCUCUGCUGUCUGCCUGCAGCAGCUACACUAUCUUUCUAAAGAGCAUGGUGGAGCCUUCCAUUACAAGCCAACUUUGAGUUUGACAGCCUCAGUCAACAAAAGCCUAAAACCCCUCCUCAUCAAAGCACGGUGACGGAUGAACCUGGGUCUUUUCAUCAUUCUUCCAGGACUUCCACCAUAAGGAAAGGAGCCCCUGGACCAACAUCCCCUAAGAUGUUUAUAUGGACCAGUGGUCGUACCUCUUCAUCUUACAGACAUGAUGAGAGAAGAAAUAUUUACCAAAAAAUCAGGGACCAUGAUCUCCUGGACAAAAGGAAAACGGUCACAGCGCUGAAAGCAGGAGAAGACCGGGCCAUUCUCCUGGGACUGGCCAUGAUGGUGUGCUCCAUCAUGAUGUACUUUCUGCUGGGAAUCACACUUCUCCGCUCUUACAUGCAGAGUGUGUGGACGGAAGAGUCUCAGUGCAACUUGCUGAAUGCCUCCAUUACAGAAACAUUUAAUUGCUCCUUCAGCUGUGGUCCAGACUGCUGGAAACUUUCUCAGUACCCCUGCCUCCAGGUGUAUGUUAACCUGACUUCUUCCGGGGAAAAGUUCCUUCUCUAUCACACCGAAGAGACAAUGAAAAUCAAUCAGAAGUGCUCCUAUAUACCCAAGUGUGGAAAAAACUUUGAAGAAUCCAUGUCCCUGGUGAAUGUCGUCAUGGAAAACUUCAGGAAAUACCAACACUUCUCCUGUUAUUCUGACCCAGAAGGAAACCAGAAGAGUGUCAUCCUAACCAAACUCUACAGUUCCAACGUGCUGUUCCACUCACUCUUCUGGCCAACGUGCAUGAUGGCUGGGGGCGUGGUGAUUGUUGCCAUGGUGAAACUCACACAGUACCUCUCCCAGCUCUGUGAGAGGAUCCAACGGAUCAAUAGAUAAAAGCAAAAAUGGAUGAGAUCAUUUUAUUUAAAGCUCAAAUACUGUUUUCUUUCAUUCUUCACCAAAGAACCUUAAGUUUGUAAUGUGCAGUCUGUUGUGAGUCCCUUAAUAUAUUCUUAUAUGUAGAGCAAUAAUGCAAAAGCUGUUCUAUAUGCAAACAUGAUGUCUUUAUCAUUCAGGAGGAAAAAUAACUCUGUGUGUGUGUGUGUGUGUGUGUGUGUGUGUGUGUGUGUGUUAGUCAGUGUUUUCAUAAUGUUGUUUUGAUGCUGGAACUAGUACUUCCUUCUCUCCUUGCACCAAAAUAGAGUUCAGUUAUUCAUUUGCCAAGCUUUGUGGAAGAAUGUAGACAAUAUUAAUGUGAUAAGGUCUGUGCUCUGAGUUAUCAGAUCUCUUGAAGACAUUUCUGCAAUAUUUUUCAUCAUUCAUUGUUUACUAAAGCUGCAGCCAAAAAUUUUUUUUCUUUUCUUACUCUAAACUGAGCCCUAUAGCAAGUGACGGGACCAGAUUUCCUAGCUAAACUGUGUUUUCCUUGUAUUUUUACCAUAUUACUGUACAGAAGGGGGGAAAUCCAGCCAGCUACUUUUCUUUUAUUAUUUUUUACUCAUAACUUUAGAUUUUUUUAAUGAUUUCCAAAUAAAAUUACAAUGUUUUCAUUAGCCAGUUCUAUAAUCUCUUCCUGUGAUUUGAAUAGAAAAUGAACAGAGCCCUUUUCCAUUUAAGACCCUGCUACUGUGUGAGAAGAUAUCAUUACAAAAGUUCCAUUACCUAUGAACUGAUCAAAUGUUGGUGAAUACUCCAUUACAAUCAAGGAAAGUCUAUGUUACUAAGACAUCUGUGUGAAAAUCCUUAUUCCAUUUCAAAUGAACUAUUAGGUAGAGAAAUUAAUGUCCUACCCACUGGUCAAGAUUGGUGGACUGUUUUCAAAUGGGUAAAUCUAUUGUGGUAUAUUAACAUGCUGGAAUAUUGCUCUUUGGGAAUUUAUGUUUAAUCUAAUUAUUGUGAAGUCUCUUCUGACGUGUUCUCUGUUGGGAUUUUAAAGCUAUGUGCACAGUAUACUUGUCUCUUUUACAUGUUUUAUUUUUCUAUUUUCAAUUCCCUUUUUGUUGUUAUAUUUUAUACACAGAAUAGACCUUUCUCCAACACAUACUUGAACUUAACAGAUUUAAAGGAAGCCUUUGUUCACAUUGCCAUUUUCUUAUUGUGUUUGGGGGGAAUAUGAAGAAUUCAUAAACAAAAACAUUCCAUCUUUUAUUUAAUAUCAAUACCAAAAGGAGAAGACCAACAUCUGUUUUUAUCAUCUAUAUUUAAGUACCUUUUUGUAAUGUUGUAUCCAAUAUUUUUAGGUGUUGUGAAAUUUUACAAAUCAUACUUGUGGAAUGAAUGGUAAAACUAAUCUGGUGAAGUGGAAAUUAAUCUGCAAUAUUGUAACUCAUAGUAUGACUUUUCAUAGGCAAAUAAAUCCCAAGAGUAUAAUUGGGAUUCCAACUGUGUAAUUAAAAUUUUUAAAAAAUCCAUUAAAUCAGCAGUUU